GUUGGUCCUCCUGAAAUCUCGGGCCUGAGAGCCGGGUUCCUAGCUCUGGAAGGACCCUGGGCAGUGUAGUUCCCGGAGUCCCAGCCGGUGGCCCGCUCACCAGCGACCCUGCGCGUCAGGUAGGCGGAGGCGCCCGCUCCGGACGCCCCCGGGCCUCGGGGCCAGUGAGGUCCUGCCGAGGAAUCGCCAGGAUACUGCCCAUUUAUAUAAUGCAAGAGCCUGGAAGAGAACUGCAUUGAUAUCGUGAAUCGCAAAGUAAUGUCUCAGGUGACAUUUAGUGAUGUGGCUGUAGACUUCUCUCAUGAAGAGUGGGGAUGGCUAGAUUCUGCUCAGAGGAAUUUAUACAAGGAUGUGAUGGUCCAGAAUUAUGAGAACCUGGUCUCUCUAGGUCUUUCCAUAACUAAGCCAUAUGUGAUCACUUUAUUGGAGGAUGGAAAAGAGCCCUGGAUGGUGGAGAAAAAUCUGUCAAAAAGUGUGUUUUCAGAUUGGGAAUCAAGAUGGGAAGAUAAGAAAUUAUCAACAAAGAAAGACCUUUAUGAUGAAGAUUUAUCCCCAACAGUAAUCAUAGAAAAAACUAUAAAACAAACUUGUGAAUUUUCAGAUUUUAAUAAGGAUUCAGACAAGUUGGAGAGGAAGCAUGGAAGUCAAGUAGAACAUUUCAGACCAGUGACCCUCACCUUUAAAGAAAGCUCCACUGGGGAAAGUGUUUACAAAUACAAUACAUUUAGAAGCAUCUUCCAUUUAAACUCCAUUGUUUCUGAACCACAGAGAAUUUCUGCUGAAGGGAAAUCACGUAAAUAUGAUAUAAUGAAGAGCUUACCAAAAAAGGCAGAUACAAAAAAUGAGAAAAUAAGUGGCGGAAAGAAACUUUUGAGUUCCAAUGAAAGUGGAGCAGCCUUCAGCCAGAGCAAAUCUCUAACCCUUCAUCACACUUACAAUGGAGAGAAAAUCUAUACAUGCAGUGAAUGUGGGAAAGCCUUUGGCAAACAAUCAAUCCUUAAUCGCCACUGGAGAAUUCAUACAGGAGAGAAACCCUACGAAUGUCAUGAAUGUGGGAAGACUUUUAGCCAUGGCUCAUCCCUUACUCGACAUCAGAUAAGCCAUAGUGGAGAGAAACCAUACAAAUGUAUUGAAUGUGGGAAGGCCUUUAGUCAUGUUUCAUCGCUUACUAAUCAUCAGAGCACUCAUACUGGAGAGAAACCCUAUGAAUGUAUGAACUGUGGAAAGUCUUUCAGUCGUGUUUCACAUCUCAUUGAACAUCUAAGAAUUCACACUCAAGAAAAACUGUAUGAGUGUUGUACAUGUGCAAAGGCCUUCAUUCAUAGGUCAUCUCUCAUUCACCAUCAAAAAAUUCAUACAGGAGAAAAACCUUAUGAGUGUAGUGAGUGUAGGAAAGCUUUUUGCUGCAGCUCACACCUUACCCGACAUCAAAGAAUUCACACUAUAGAGAAACAAUAUGAAUGUAACAAAUGCCUGAAAGUCUUCAGUAGCCUCUCAUUUCUUAUUCAGCAUCAGAGUAUUCACACUGAAGAAAAACCCUUUGAAUGCCAGAAAUGCAGGAAAUCCUUCAACCAGCCCGAAUCACUGAAUAUGCAUUUGAGAAACCACGUCAGAUUGAAACCUUAUGAAUGCAGUAUAUGCGGGAAAGCCUUCAGUCAUAGGUCAUCCUUGCUUCAACAUCAUAGAAUUCAUACUGGAGAGAAACCUUAUGAAUGCAUUAAAUGUGGGAAGACAUUCAGCUGUAGUUCAAACCUUACUGUACAUCAGAGAAUUCAUACUGGAGAAAAGCCAUAUAAGUGUAAUGAAUGUGAGAAAGCUUUUAGCAAAGGCUCAAAUCUUACUGCCCAUCAAAGAAUACAUAAUGGGGAGAAACCCAAUAGUGCGGGAGGUAUGGAGGAGCCUUUAGACCAUAUGAGUCACUACAUAUUUGAGACAGCAUAUAGGAGAGAAACUACUUGAUGCAGUAUUUAUCAUAAACUUUAGUCCUAGUUCCUCAUUCAACGCCAGGAAAUUUGUACUGCAGAAAAUUUUAGGAAUGUGAAUAUAGGAAGAGCUUUUGUUUUUUUUUUCUUUUAUUUUUAGAGAGAGGGGUGGGACUGUACCCUGCUGCGUCCGCAGACCCCACCGCCUGGGUAGACACCCGCUGCUCCCCAGAGCUCUCCCGCUCUGGGCGGGGGAGCGGGGAGGAGGUGGGUCCCUGAGCUUGGGGAAGGCGGUGGUGGAAGCGCCACCCAGCCUGCCCAGGGUUUGUGCUUUGCUGCCGCCACCCACUGGCGGGAAAGAGGAGGAUAGUGGCCGGAGGGACCGACCCAGGGCCCUGGCGGUGCUGGACGUGCGCCUGAACAAACCCUUGUGUUGAGGGCUGACUUUGAAUAGAUUGCAGGGAGGGGGCUGCUCUGCUAAGUAGGAAACCCCAACCCAGAAGCAGGUAGUCUACGAUUGGUUUAGCACCAGGUUCCCCAUGACAGUACCUUGAGUGACGGGUGAGCAGGCCACCACCUUUCCACUGUGCCCCAUUUCCCAGGACAAGGCAGCUCCGCUCUGGACCCCUGUCUGCAGCACAGGGGGUACCCAGGUUCCUGGACGUUGCCUUAUCGUUCAGCCUGGGUGGGAUUCUGACUUAGAGGCUUCAGUCUUAAUCGAGGAGACAUUAGCAAUGAUGCAAACCCUUCUAUCAGAAUUCCUACCCUAGAGAAAACCAUAUGAAGACAAUAAAUGGGGGAAACCAGUUGUCAGUAUCCUUUAAUUGACAUAAGUAUAUUUGCAUUAGGAAAAAAAGAAAAGCAAGGCCAGAUGUGGUGGAGCAUGCCUAGGCAUUCUGGGAGGCCCAGGCAGGUGGUUUGCCCUGAGUGUACAGGUUCCAGACCAGCCUGAGCAAAAGCCAGACCCCCAUCUCUAAAAAACAUAGCCAGGUGUUGGGGCAGGUGCCUGUAGUCCCAGCUACGUGUGAGGCUGAGGCAAGAGAAUUGCUUAAGCCCAAGAGUUGGAGGUUGCUGUGAGCUGUGAUGCCCUCACACUCUACUGGGGGUGACAAAGUGAGACUCUGUCUCAAAACAAAACAAAAAACACGUAUAUGUAGCAAAUAUGGGAAAGACUAGGUAAUAUGAAUUUCUUACAAAUGCCUACAGGAAAGAUGCUGUAUGAAUAUAGAAAAUUUAAAAAUUACGGGAUGUUUUUAGGUUCCAAGGGCAUCCCUUAAUGUAUAUCAGAUAACUUGAACAGAAAUCUGAUGUAAGAAAUGUAGCAAAUUGGCUUGAAGCCCGUAGCACAGUUACAGUGCCGGCCGCAUACACUGAGGCUGGCAGGUUCUAACCCACCCUGGGCCAGCUAAGCAACAAUGACAACUGCAACAACAACAAAAUAGCUGGGUGUUGUGGCAGGUGCCUGUAGUCCCAGCUACUUGGGAGGCUGAGGCAAUUGAAUCACUUUAGCCCAAGAGUUUGAGGUUGCUGUGAGCUGUGAUAGUACGACACUUGGCGAGGGCGACAUAGUAAGACUUUUAUCUCAAAAAAAAAAAAAUAUAUAUAUAUAUAUAUAGCAAAUUGUUCACUAAGGGUUCUUAGCUUGAUUAGUUCUCAGAAGAUUAAUGACAGAACAACCUAAAGGAGGUAGGAAUUAUGUGGAAAUCUUUGCAGUGAUGCUAUUUGUAAAUGGAAUUAUAUAGAAGAGCAAACAAGAAUAUUAUAAAUAUGCACUCCCUAUAGCAGUAACUUGCGGUUUUACUUGAGUCCUACAAAGAAAUUAUUUUUAGCUUAAUGAGCAUGUGAAAAUAUUUAGUCACCCAGAAGAGCCAGUAAAUGUUAUGAUGUUGAAAAUUAAAGCUGCAAAGAAGUAAAAUGGUGUUAAUUUUUGGUCUUUAAA